AGGUUUUUCCCAAAACGGCAGCCACCAAAUGCGUGAGUUUUGAAUGCAAAAAUCCCGCAAAGACGCAUUCUUGGCACCCACCCUCAAUUCGUGGGAACACCAAUAACGCUCUGAUUUAUUAUUUCUUCAAUCUGACAGAGAAAAUAUAGCAAAAAGGAUUAUCAUACACACAGUACACACACUGAGACAGACAUGCAUGUAUGUUGAAGGGUUUGUGUCUCUGAUUUAGACAAAGAAUUGAGCCAGAGAAUUUAUCAAUCAAUCAAUCAAGGGGUUUUGGAAGAAUGGAUCUGAUCCCAUGUUUGUUUCUUGUCAACCAGCAAAGAUCAUUCUAUGUUGUUGUCUUGAUGACUGUACUUCUGUUCAGUAACACCAGUUUUCUAUCACCAGCCGAUGGUUAUGAUCCGUUGGAUCCUAAUGGGAACCUCACUAUCAGAUGGGAUGUCCUGCAACAAAACGAUGACGGUACACAGGAUGUAAGGUUAACGAUUGUGAACUACCAGCUAUUCCGCCAUGUAGAGUUGCCGGGGUGGAAACUAAGUUGGAAAUGGCCAGGCAAUGAGGUCAUCUGGAAUAUAUUAGGUGCUGAGGCGACUGAUCAAGGAGAUUGUUCUGUAUUCAAAGGAAAACAACUUCCCCACUGCUGCGAAAAGGAACCUGUGAUAAUCGACCUGUUGCCUGGUGCCCCUUAUAACAAGCAAGUUGCAAAUUGCUGCAAAGGUGGAGUUCUCUCAUCCAUGAUGCAAGAUCCUGGAAAAUAUCUUGCCGCUUUCCAGAUGCACAUUGGAAGUGCAAGUGACAGUUCUGUGCCCCGACUACCAGCAAGAUUCACUCUUGGGCUUCCGGGCUAUACAUGUGGAGAGCCGUUCAAAGUCCCACCGACCAAAUUUUUUGAAGAUCAAGGCCGUCGGAGGACACAGGCACUUGCGACGUGGGAUGUGACUUGCUCGUAUUCCCAGUUCAGAGCUUCGUCUGCACCAACGUGCUGUGUUUCAUUGUCAGCGUUCUACAACAAUACCAUUGUUCCAUGCCCAAAAUGCAGCUGUGCUUGCCACGGAGAUGGGGCUGGAUGUGUCAAGCCCGGAAAAUUGCCUCCCGUGCUGCAGCUAGAGCAUAAUGAACCACCAAAGCCGGUGGUGCAGUGUUCUGAUCACAUGUGCCCGAUAAGAGUGCACUGGCACGUGAAGUUGAGUUACACACAAUACUGGAGGGUGAAAAUCACGGUCACGAAUCUAAAUUAUGUCAAGAAUUACAGUGAGUGGAACUUGGUGGUCUUACACCCUAAUCUCAGAAGUGUUACGCAGGUCUUCAGUUUCAACUAUAAGCCUCUCAACAUAUAUGGCAACAUAAAUGACACUGGAAUGCUUUACGGGAUUCAGUAUUACAACGACAUGCUUCUGCAAACGGGGGAGAGUGGGAAUGUACAGACAGAAAUGCUGCUGCAUAAAGAUCCUGGGAUUUUUACUUUUAAGGAAGGAUGGGCAUUUCCCAGGAAGAUCUCCUUCAAUGGUGAGGAAUGUGUAAUGCCGUCGCCUGAUGAUUAUCCUAGGCUCCCAAACACAGCCCAUUUCGAUGCACAAGCGGCCUCCUCUGUCAGUAUUUCGCUCUUAGUUUUGUUGCUGACAGUGAUAGUAUUAUCGUGAAUGGUUUUUUUCCUGCAACAGAUGAUGUUUUCCAGUGUGUUCAUUGGAUUAUUGAUUCUUGAA